AUGAAGUUUGAAGAAUUCUACUUCAGCACGUUUGGCGAGAUGGGCCGGUAUCAAAAGAUCCAGUUCUGGCUGGUCAUGAUACCGACGAUGAUCUGCGCCCUGCACAUCUACAGCUGGACGUUUGCCGCGCAGAAGACACCCUAUAGAUGUGCUCUCGACGGCGAGCUGGGCCACACAGAUGCUGCCAAUUAUGUGACGAACGAUACACGGAUAAAGAUAAAUUUAGAAGAGUGUUACGAUACGAAGACAAAACUCCGCGCGAAUUGGACCGGCUUAAAUGAAACAAACACGAGCUGUCAUUAUGAAAGCUGCAACUUUGCUGAUGGUACGAAGUGUCAAGAAUACGUCUUCGACCACUCCAAAGUCAAGUACACGGCCCUGGAAAAGUGGGAAUUCGUUUGCGAGAGCCAGGACUUCUUCAAGUCCUCCUUCCAAGCUGCCUACUAUGUCGGCCAAAUGGCGGGCAGUGUCAUUUUUGGGAUUCUUGGUGACAAGAUUGGUCGUAAGAAGUGCUUCUUCUUGGCGCUGGUCCUGCAGCUCGCCUUUGGCCUUCUCCAAUCAGUCGUUCCGUGGUCUUGGAUGUACCUGAUUUGCCGUGUAAUAACCGGCUUCAGCCACCCGGGCAUCUUCGUGAUAGCCGUCAUCAUCGGCAUGGAGCUGGUCGGGCCUUCGUACCGAACGCUGUCCGGUAUCGUCACCGCCGUGUUUUUUGCAUUGGGACAGGUGCUUCUCGGCGUGAUGUCCUCCUACAUCACCGAUUUCCGGCUUCUUCAUUUGGCCAUCACCGCCCCGACCGUCAUUUUCAUGACGUAUUGGUGGAUCGUCCCCGAGAGCAUCCCCUGGCUGAUCAGCAUGUCCAAAUUUGACGAAGCCGAUAAAAUUCUUCAGAAAGCCGCAAAAGUCAACAACGUCACACUUCCGGAAAAUUGGUGGGAGAUCCUCGAUAAUUCGGAAAGCAAUUCGGCUGAUGGUGAUCGAUCCGAAGAAUCCGACCACCAGUACUCAUCAGCCGACCUCUUCCGCACCCCAAAAAUGUUGAAGCGCACGCUGACUGUUCUGUUUAUCUGGCCAGUAGUGACAAUGACGUAUUAUGGGCUCAGCAUCAAGCCCGACGUCCUGGGAGGCGAUCUGCACACCAGCUUCAUCCUCGGCGGCCUCAUCGAGAUGCCAGCGUUGUUAAUCGUCUACUUAACGGUUGAUAGGAUUGGCCGUCGCCCUGUCCUCGCCGGAAGCUUUGCCCUCACCGGGAUCACGUUGCUGCUGAACCUUGUUAUUCCGGAAGAUCCCAUUGCGCAGCUGCUUGUGGCAAGAGGGGCCAUCUCAUCGGUAUAUGCUGUCAUCUACUCAUUUACGCCGGAACUGUUCCCAACUUGCGUCCGGAACACGGCGAUGGGCUACUGCUCGAUGACGGCGCGUGUUGGAGCGAUCGCUGCGUCGUACGUCUCGUUUUGGGUGGUGGAGAGAUUCGGGAAGAUCGUGCUCAUCAUCCCCUUCGGCGGGCUGGCCAUCAUGGCUGCUAUUGCCACAUGGGUGUUCUUGCCGGAGACGAUGGGCAAGCCGUUGCCGGAAACUAUUGCAGAAGUUGAGGGCACCAUCACGGAUAGUGAACAGCAGCCACUUGCCCCGAACUCCGACUCGACUUCCGCCAAGCCCGGCUCGAGCACAACCAAC